AUGGACAAGGUGGACACCAGAGUUUCAGUCGAUUGCCCUCCCAGGAAGACAAAUGGCAAACCCAAGCAGAAACAGCAGGCGAAACAUCAGAAAUCAAACUCCCAGUCGGAGCGAACUCAUGAUGAGAACACAGAGCGGGCGUAUAUAGCUGCCUCACGGCGCAGUGACCGAGACAUAGAGGCGCGGAUCAAAUCCGCUUUGCAGGCUAGCAAAAUACACAAGAAACGAACCGGGAAAGCUCUCCGAAUCACCCGUGAGAUUGUUCUCAAUGAGGCUAUGUAUGAGGAAGAGGAUACCGAGCUGGAACGGUUCAGAGAGUGGAGCUUCCGCUUGUCAUCGGGUUCUUUGCAGGGAGGCCAUGGAAAAGAAGUGUGCGACCUCAUAGAGUCAUCUCUCCAAAGAUGGCGGGGAAACGAUAUCAAUCAGGCCUUUGAGCAAUACUUUCCCAAUUACAAACAAGCAGCAGCCCAACCAACAGGUCCUCAAUGGUAUCCGCGACAGGCUUCACUGCAGCCACUACCUCAGCAAACUUCUCCGAUUGACCCUCCAGGGAUGAUACAGAUUUCUGGGAUGCAAGUGCAGGUGCCGAUCUCCGGAAUGUCUGCUCACGGGGUGCAACAGACUCCCUGGAUGGGACAGUCCCCUGAGAUGCAGAUGCAGUCUCCCGUGGGGAUGGGAAUGAUUUCUCCGGCCCAAUUACAGUCUCCUCUUCUACAGAUGGGACAGACUCCUGAGAUUAGGCACGCUUCUCCGACACAGCAAGAUUUCGAUUUGUGUUCUCAGUUCGUGGAUUCAGGCAUCAACACCCCCUCAGCUGAGAUACUUAGUGGUCUUCGAGAGUUCACACGCCUCACCCCUGAGAACGACACAUUCUCCGAUGAAUCAUCCACCCCUCCCGAACUCAGUCAUCUCAACCAAGCUCAGUUACCUACUCCGAUAUCUACAUGCUCCUCAUGCACUUGUAACCCGGCUCAGAAAUACACCUGUGACAGUUGUCGGACGUUUGUGUGGUUUGCAUAA